UCAACUGACCGAGCUCCAAGCCAGUAACCAUGGAGGGUGCUCUCGUGAGUGCGGCGACAGGGGCUUUGAAAUCGAUUGUGGAGAAGCUGUUCGCUCUGCUUGGUGAUGAGUACAAGCGGUUUAAAGGGGUGCGGGACCAGAUAAGGUUCCUCGCCAACGAGCUCACCACCAUGCACGCCUUCCUCCUGAAGAUGUCCGAGGAGGAGGAGGCGGGUCAUGAUCCGCUGGACAAGGCGUGGAUGAAGGAGGUUCGGGAGCUGUCGUACGACAUGGAGGAGUCCAUGGAUGAUUUCAUGCUGCGUCUCGAUGAUAAAGAUGCUAAUCCAGAUGGCUUCAUCGACAAAAUCAAGCACUCAUUGGGGAAAUUGGGGAACAUGAAGACUCGCCGCCGAAUUGGCAAAGAGAUGGAAGAAUUCAAGAAGCAAAUCAUUGAAGUGGGUGACAGGUAUGCAAGGUACAGGACAGGAGGUGUCAUCUUCAAGAUGCGCAAUCUGACUAUCGAUCCUAGAGCACUUGUUAUCUUUGAGCUUGCCUCCAAACUGGUUGGAAUUGAAGAACCCAAGGCUGAGAUAAUAAAACUGUUGACCAAAGAGGAGGGAUGUGGGUUGACGCUACAAAAUCUGAAGGUGGUCGCCAUCGUUGGAUUUGGAGGGAUAGGCAAAACAACCCUCGCGAAUCAAGUUUAUCAAGAGAUCAAGGCGCAAUUCCAGUGCAGUGCUUUCAUAUCCGUGUCUCGGACUCCAGACAUGAUGAGUAUUCUGAGAACUAUUCUUAGUGAAGUCAGCAAUCAAAAAUAUGUAGACACUGAAGCAGGAAGCAUCCAACAUUUGAUCAGCAAGGUGCAUGAUUUCCUAACAGACAAAAGAUACUUUAUCGUAGUUGAUGAUAUAUGGAGCGUGGCAGCAUGGGAAAUCCUUAAGUAUGCAUUCCCCAUGAUGAGUGGAGGCAGCAGAAUAAUCACCACUUCCCGUGUUAAAGGUGUUGCUCAUUCAUGUUGCUCAUCAUUCAGUGGUUUUGUCUAUAAUAUAAGAGCUCUUGAUAUUGUGCACUCAAGACAGUUGUUCCAUAGAAGACUAUUCAAAUCGGAAGAAGAUUUCCCUUCACACCUCAAAGAUGUUUCAGAUGAAAUAUUGAAAAAGUGUGAUGGAAUACCUUUGGCAAUCAUUGCAAUAUCUGGUUUACUGGCUAAUAGAGAAAAUACAAAAGAUGAAUGGGAUCAAGUAAAAGUUUCAAUAGGUUGUGCACUUGAAAGAAAUCCUAGUGUUGAAGGAAUGAUGAAGAUAAUAUCACUUAGUUACUUUGAUCUUCCUGCUCAUCUCAAAACUUGUUUACUGUAUUUGAGUAUAUUUCCUGAAGAUACUAUUAUUCAUAAGAAGGGCCUGAUAUGGAGAUGGAUUGCUGAAGGAUUCAUUUAUAAUGAAGGCAGAUAUACAUUGUACGAAUCGGGAGAGAAGUGUUUCAAUGAGCUUGUUAACCGGAGUCUAAUUGAACCUGUGAUGACAGGCUAUGGUGUGGUCAAGAGUUGUCGAGUUCAUGACACCAUCCUUGAUUUCAUUAUAUCAAAGUCAAUUGAAGAGAACUUUGUUACUUUAGUUAGUAAUUCCAAUACAACUGAAACACAAAGCAAAGUUCACCGGCUUUCUGUCCAAAAAGACAAGGAAGGACCAGAGAAUCUAUUACUGCGUCGUAUCCGGUCACUUCAUGUGUUCCGUCCUUUAGGGGAAUUCCCUUCUUUGGUUCGAUUCAGGCAUUUGCGUGUUCUGGACAUCGGCAACAUCGAAUGUAGCCUCCGAUUAAAAAACCAUCAUAUUGAAGAUAUAGGGAGGCUAUUGCAGUUGAGAUACCUGAACCUCAGAUGGACACGUGUAAGUAUGCUCCCACAGCAAAUUGGAUAUUUGUGUCACCUACAGAUGCUGGACCUAAGAGGCACCGGCGUAAAUGAAUUACCAGCCUCCAUUGUCAAUCUCAAAAGAUUGGUGCAUCUACUUGUUGACAAACAUGUUAAAUUUCCUGAUGGAAUUGGAAAGAUGCAAGCCUUAGAGAGUUCUAUAAAUGUCCAUGUCUCCCGGCAAUCUACUAAAUUCCUUCAAGAACUUGGCCAGCUAAAGGAUUUGAAGAAACUGCGCCUUGAUUUUAAAGAUGUUUGCGAGACAGGACAUGAAAAUGGAAUUACAGAGGAGGCCAUGAAGGCCAUUGCGUCUGCUCUACAGAACCUUCGUGCUCUAGUCAUUGUUAAUGAUAGCAACUUCUUGAUGGAAGCAUGUUUGCUUCCGCUAGCCCUCCAAAAACUUUAUGUUUUGGGUUCAACCAUGACAAGGGUUUCGAAUUCAGUGGGCUCCCUCGUGAGGCUCCGGUCAUUACGCCUUUGCAUGGAUCGAGUCGGGGAGGAAGACCUCUGUAUUAUUGGUGGAUUACCCGCUCUGUUCAAGCUAACGCUACUAAUUAAAAAGCGUAAAGAUAUCGCUAAAACCAGAGUCAUAGUCAGUGGUGCUCAUGGGUUUUCAUGCUUAAGGAAUUUUUUUUAUAACACAUCUGGUGACACGAUGGAUCUUAUCUUUGCAGUAGGAUCCAUGCCGAAGCUAGAAGUAUUUGAAAUUCGUUUCAAUGUAGUUGAACAAGAGUCUGAUUGGGGUGAUUUCGAUUUCGGAAUUGAAAAUCUCGCCUGCCUCACGAAAAUCUAUUGUCUAGGUACCUUCAACACUAGUGACACCGAACAGGCUGCUAUGGACAGAGGAAAGGCUGCUAUGGACAGGGCAAAGACUGCUAUAGAGAGGAAAGUGAGAACACACCCCAACAACCCUAGCCUGUUAUUUAAUUUGGGGGUUUCAUCCUGGUGGUGA